AACCAAAUCAUAUCCUUGAUAGCAACAUCAACAAGGAAGUUGUUCAUUGUUUAUUUUAGCACAAGUGAUUUGCUAUAAACAACAUGGCAUCUAGUCGGAUCGAAAAUUGUGCUAAAAUACACAAAAUAACGUUAGGAACUUCCAAAUAUUGCUUUAUAGUAAUUUUGUUUGUGAUAACCUGUCAAACAAGAGAAGCCUUUUGUAAGUUUCAGUUCGCUAGUUCUAAGAAAUUGGAAAAUGUCUGGGGAAAUGGCUUCAAAAUAAUUGAUGCAUCAACAAAAGAACUCUCAUCUAUGGUGGAUUUAGUGCAUGAAAUGAUGAAAUCAGAUUCACGCUCAAAAAGAUCUACUGAUGUACCAACAGAUCCAAAUAAUAUUGUUACAAAGUUUUCACUGAAUGACACCCAUACAACUCUAGUGGUCCACUGGGGAGGAGCUGGCAGUGAUAUCAUUAUGGCUCUAGCUAAGAAUUCUGAUGAUUCUGAGAGUGUUCUCUUCCUGUCCACUGACUAUGGACGUUCAUUUCGGGAUAUAAGUGGAAAAUUAGCAAAUCAAGGCAAGCGGGCACAAAUACACAAGUAUUAUAAUGUCAAAGGAUUUAUUAACCAUUAUGUAUUCUCUGACAUAAAGAACAAAUGUGUUUACACCACUGACAACUCAGGGGAAAGUUUUAUUCCUCACUGCGAUGUGCCAUUCACACCUACAACACUUUUGCUGAACAAUCUUCACCCAAGGCAUAUCCUUGGCAUGGAUGAAAAUGAUCCUUACAAACAGCUGUAUCAAUCUGAAGACUUUGGUUAUACCUGGCGACCUAUAUUUAACAAUGUGAAGGCAUUCUUUUGGGGAGUUCAGCCAUUUGACCAUCCCUUGACUGUCUAUGUAAUGGAAGAACGAAGCAAUGGCAAGUCUCAGAUUGUUAAAAACAGAAAUCAGAGCUCAGAAGUGUUGCUUCAGGACGCCAUAGACUUUGAAGUGAAGGGAGAAUACAUGUUUGCUACAUUAUCAAAGUGGCUAAUUGGUGCCCCAUCAAAUCCUAACAACCAGUUUUGGGUGUCCUACAAGAGGCAGUCCUUUGUGAAGGCAGACUUUCCUAUCACAGGCAAUGUCUCUGACUAUUUUGUGGCUGAUGCCUCUGAAGGUCAGCUGAUGGUGUGUGUCUAUCACAACAACUCUGCCAAUUUGUAUGUAUCAGACGUCCAAGGGUACAGAUUUUCUUUGUCCUUGGAGAGGAUUGUCUAUUUCAAUCCAAAGAUUAUGCAGAACAAUUUUUGGCUGAGACUUUACUCUAAUGAAACAUUUGCUGACUUAACUAAAGUGAGUGGGGUGGAGGGCAUCUACAUAGCCUCCCAGCAAACCAGCAGCUUGCUAGACCUGGAACAUCAGAUCACUCUCAUCUCUUAUGACAAGGGAGGCCAAUGGCAGAGGAUCCAGGCACCUUAUCAAACCCUGGGGAGACCUUGUGACUUGAGCCUGAACUGUUCAUUACACUUGACCCAAGAGCUAAGCAGAUUGAUUCCUGGCAGUUUGGCUACACCCAUUUUAACCCAAGAUUCAUCACCAGGUCUUGUCAUUGCCUCUGGGACUAUUGGAUCCUCGCUAAAGGGUGAACCAGACGUGUUUUUGUCAGUGAAUGCUGGCAUUUCUUGGCGUCAAGUGCUCUCUGGCAACUACAUGUAUGCCAGUGCCGAUCAUGGAGGCAUCAUUGUGGCCAUCCAUCAGUUUAUCCCAACCAAUGAACUCAUGUAUUCGCUGGAUGAAGGUAUCACCUGGACACGAUAUAAGUUUGUGAAUGAGAGCAUCAGAGUUUAUGGAUUGCUAACGGAGCCUGGAGAGAAUACUACCAUAUUCUCUGUCUUUGGAUCUGGCUUGAUCCGACACAGUUGGGUCAUACUACAAAUUGACUUUUUAAAUCUCUUUAAUGGUGUAAAAUGUGGACCAUCUGACUACUACAUGUGGUCAGCUAAUGAUAAUUUGCCAUCAGAAGAUGGGUGCCUCCUAGGAAGGAUAACCCAGUAUCAGAGGCGCUAUGCUUCAGUGAAGUGUUACAAUGGGGAGGACUUUGUACGUACAGCUCAGGUCAGGAACUGCACUUGCACAAGUGAGGACUUUGAAUGUGACUUUGGCUAUGAAGAAGAUACCCUGGUGCUUCAAAACUCUUCCAAGUCAGAACUAAUCUGUAGGAGGACACCAUCUUUGGACUCGUCUAAACUGAACCCAGUGCCCAGUAGCUGCUUGCCUGGGACAUUUUAUUACUUUUCAAGAGGAUAUCGCAAAGUUGCAGGUGACACAUGUCAAGGACAGGACCACCACUAUGCUCCUCUCAAAUAUUCAUGCCCUGUUCGUGAAAGUAGUGCAUUUCUUUUAGUGAGCACAUAUAGAUCAGUGUUGAUGAUUGACUUGGCUUCACAAACGAAGACCACCAUCCCCCUUGAAGAUGCUGCCACAUCACCACCUGCUAUAUUUGACUAUGAGAAGAACUGUAUUAUCUAUGUGACUUUGGAUAAGUAUUUAAAGACCAACUGUCUCGGCUACAACAGGAACUCCACCGAGGUCUCUCUAAUUACCUCUCAAAUGAAUUUCACCGCCAUGGCCUUUGAGUGGACCGGCAGGAAUGUAUAUUUCACAGAUUCUCUGGAGGAUGCAAUAAGAGUGGUCAAUGUAGAUGGCAGAUUUGAACUGACCUUGUACAAUGCUUCCAAUGGUGUAUACAGGCCAAAUCAGAUAGUGUUGGACCCUCCUCAUGGUUACCUGUACUUUGUUGGUUCUGUUGAUGCUGGUAAUCAAACCUAUGCCAUCUACCAAGCUGUCAUGGAUGGUUCUGACAAGACAGUCACUCAACUAGUCAACACCUCAGUACACUACACCACCUAUUUGACUCUUGAUGCAGAAACUGAGCGCCUGUACUGGAUAGCCUCCACAAACAACAGACUUUACUAUUACAGUUUAAGCAGACGUGAACUUAGUUCUUACACUGGGGCUGUGAUUAAUAGAGAUAUUUCUGGUAUUGGAAUAUUUAAGGAUCUUGUUUAUUUAGUAGGCAGCUUUAGUUCCUUUGUCUAUACAAUGGACAAACACAGAUCAGACCAAGGCUACAGUAUCAUGGGGAUCAUUUCCAGUAGAGCUUAUGGAAUAGUGGUAGUGUCCAACACAUCACAGCAUGCUAUGAGUGCCUGUAGCCCCUACAACAAGCCAUGCACACAGCUGUGCAUGCCCAUGCCCUCCACUGGUCCUCAUUCACAGAACCGCACCUGCCUGUGUGGAGAAGGAUACCGCAAGGAUAGCCAUGCCCAAUCCAAUGACCAGAUGUGUCUAUGUGAGCCUGGAGAAGUGCUGCAAACUAAUGGGACAUGUGUCAAAUCUGCCAAUGUGACGACGUGCGCCAGCGAUAAACUGACUUGUAAGAAUGGACAUUGUGUGCUGAAAGCCUGGCACUGCGAUGGAGAUGAUGAUUGCGGUGAUGGUACAGAUGAAAAAGAUUGCCCAUUUGCAACCUGUGCUGAUGGCACAUUCACCUGUUCUAGUGGCAAGUGUAUUCCUGAGCAUUGGAGGUGUGACAGAGAGGAUGACUGCAGAGAUGGCAUUGCUUCUGACGAAAUUAAAUGCAACCGAAGUUGUGCAGAGCACCAGUUCCGUUGCAACAAUGGCUACUGUAUUGACCGUAGCUGGGUUUGUGACAAGGAUAAUGACUGUCAUGAUGGUUCUGAUGAAACUGCCAACUGUAAACACAACGCAACUUGUGGUCCUUUCUCUUUUACCUGCAAGAGUGGGGACUGUGUGGACAGUUACUAUCACUGUAAUGGUGAGAAGGAUUGUUUAGAUGGCAGUGAUGAAGAUGACUGUGCCAAAAACAAAACAACAUGUAGCAGUGACUACCAGUUCACCUGUGCUAAUAACAACUGUAUCUUCAUCUCCUGGAGGUGUGAUGGGGACAAAGAUUGUUCAGAUGGUUCAGAUGAGGUCAACUGUUCCUUCACUGUACCCCCUACAACAGUAAGACCAUCGCCACAUUGUGGGUUUCUGUAUCACAGAUGUACCAAUAGAGCCUGUGUCAGCUUUUUGGACAUCUGUAACGGCAUUGAUGAUUGUGGGGAUGGCUCAGAUGAAGAUGGAUGUGAUGAUGAACUUUUGACCACCAUGUCAUGGACAACUGAGGCUAGCACAUGCAGCAGUCUGCAGUACCAGUGUGAGAGCUCUGGUCUCUUUGGAAAAUGUAUAGAGAAGAACUGGGUGUGUGAUGGUGAACCUGACUGUGAAAGAGGAGACGAUGAGAGGAACUGUCACACUUCUAGAAAGUGUGCUGACUCAGAGUUCAAGUGCCACAGUGAUGGCGGUUGUAUUGCCAGCUACAAACGAUGUGAUCAGCAUAUUGACUGUAGUGAUGAGUCAGAUGAGUCUGGCUGUGACUACAACAUUACUGUCACUUGCUCCAACUUCAAUGGAAACAAACUGACUUGUUGUAGCAACCCAGCAUGUGGGGUUUAUAUUUCUGAAUCUGGUAUGUGCAAGCCUGUGAAAGAAGCACAGUUUAACACUAAGUCCAAUAAGUGUGACGGUAUAAUCAAUGUCAAUUACACCUGCAAGGAUGGUCAGUUUAAAUGCAACAAUGGACAGCUGUCAUGUGUCUCGUGGGUUCAAGUGUGUGACACUAAAAGAGAUUGUGAUGGAAGUUUCUUGGAUGAAGCCAACUGUGAAGAUUGUCAUACACUGGGCAGUUUGACCUUUGAUAAAGUGGUCAAGAAUGACAGUGUUGAGUUCUAUUCAUUGUCCCUCUCCUCUGUUUCAUAUGCACUGAAGAAUGGCAGCAUGCCUUGGGGCAGUUUAGCCUGGACCAAUGUCUCCAGAAGUAGGUCUGAGUUUAAAGUGGACCACCUGAAGCCAGCGUCCACCUACUACUUUGUUUUAUUUCAAGAAGUUCCAGGCUCUAAAAAGCAGUGUCCCUACAGCAAUCUGCAGUUGACCACCAGCGAUGGAUUGCCGUCUUCACCAGAGCAUGUAGAAACAUCUGUACGUCUAGAAAACUAUGGCCAGGUCUUGGCAGUGAAUGUAACUUGGAGUAAGCCCAAGCUGACCAAUGGUCAAAUUUUGGAAUACAUAGUUUUCUAUCAGGAAGUAGAUGCCAGUGGUAAAAUUCAGAGUGAUGUCUACUCUGUCCCCCACAUACAGGCUACACGAGUGAUAGUCUAUGAACACAUAGACAAAGACAAGCAUUUCAACUUUUGGGUUGUGGCCAAGACAUCCGCUGGAUUUGGUGAGCCUUCUGAAGUUAAAAGGAUUAUCCUAAAUCCUAAAGAAGCCACAGAUUUAAAGAUUGCUGUUAUAUCAUUAAAUAGCACUAGUGUCCAGGUCACCUGGGUUAAGGAGCCCGUCGCAGAGGGCUACAGAGUCAAUCUACAUUACCAUGACGAUGUCAGUAUAGAAUUUCCAGCCUCUGCAAUAAAAGAGUUCAGUAAAGACGUAGACAAGAAGAGCACCUCUGUAAUAAUUGAUGACCUUUGCCCCCAGACAGAGUACCUGUUUUCAGUAAUGGCCAGGUUAAGUAACAAUAGCUUUGGCCCUCAGUGGUAUUCAAAAAAGAUCCAACUCAACGGAACCAUGCCCAGACUUGGACCUUUAAAUGUGACCAGAACAGGACCUACAAGUGUCAUAGUGUCAUUCAAUGUCAUUCAAGGUGUUUCCAAGGUGAAUUACAUUUAUUACACACAUGACAAAACCCUGGCUGCUGUAGAGAGGGUCACCUACCAAGACAGCAUUGAGCUGAAUGGAUUGCUAGCCUGUGAGAAUUAUUUUGUUUGGGUCAGGCCAACAUCACAUUACUGUUUAACAAGCGACCUAGAGAAAUUCAUCACAUCAUUAGAUCUGGAAGCAGCACCUAAACACUUGAUGUCCAGUGUUGUACGUAAUACUAACAAUACAUACUCCAUUAUUUUGAAGUGGAAGGCUUCCUGCUAUAACAUGGAACGUAAUAUGUCUUACAUAAUUCAUGUGAUGACUACUGAUGGUGCCCAUGACGUUGUCACUGCUGAAUACCAAGAAAUCGACAUCAACUAUCCUUUACCCAAUGCCCUGCCUGGGAUGACAUACUACUUCACAGUAAGGUCAAACAUUUCUGGCUCCCGUGAAAGCGAGAAAGUUUCUGCAUACAUACCUGGAGAUGGACCCUACAAUGUUGUAGUUUCUCAGUUAGAAGGUCAUCAAGUGCACCUGACAUGGGCAUGGCCGCAGGCAAACAGUCUUACAGAAUUUAAAGAGUUUGUAGUCCACACGAAGGGAGACAAUGUUGAGUUUGAGAAUCACACGUCUAAGUUUGAGAUUGACUUGACUUUGCCACGGGAAGGAACUUAUUUCUUUAAAGUUGAAGUGAAGGGAAAAUCUGAUAAAACAUUGGCUGAAUCCAGCAGUGAAGAAUUUUCAGUUGUAUAUCAUGACAGCAGUAAGACUGAUGCAGUUUCCAUCAGCAAAACCAACUUGGUGGCCAUCAUAGUCCCAGUGGCUGUUGUAGUGGUUGCUCUAAGUGUUGGUCUUGUUGUCUUCAUAGUCAGACACAAGCGGUUACAGAGUAGCUUCCUCGCUUUUGCCAACAGCCACUACAACAUACAAUCUGGAACUACAACUUUCUCUGAUGACCUAGAUAAUGACGAACCAAUGAUCCAGGGAUUCUCAGAUGACGAGCCUUUAGUGAUUGCAUAAGUUUCAUCAAAUCAGUUUUUUAUUUUUUGUUUCAUUCCAAAUGGUUUUUCAUGAAUCUCACCCAUUUUUAUAUUUCUCAUGGCGUCCUGACAGAUUUGACUGGAACAAAUUAUACAAUAAUUUUUUUUUACAAAUAGUGUUUCCAACCUUAUGGAAGAUCUGAUUUUGAAAUAGGUUUUUACUUUUUUCAAGAGACAAGUUUUUUAAAGUACUCCAUCAGUUUUAUUUAAACAAAAAAAUGGAAAUAGUGAUUAAACAGAAUCAACAAAACAGGUAGUGCAGAAUUUGUGAAUUCAAGUUGGUAUCUAGAAAGCUUAAAUACACUCAACUAUAUAAUUAAUUUACAAAUAUAAAUUUAGUUGUAUGUGUUUGUUGUAGAAUUUGCUUUCAGUAUAGAAAUUUGUUUUCGGCAGUCAGAAAUGUGUUGUCUUAUGUUUUGAAGUUUAUUCCAACAGGUUGGUGAAGUACUGGCCUGUAUCUUAGAACUUGCUCAUAAUAAAUGUAUGUAACAAAACAUAUCCCCAAAAAGUCAUUCCUCACUCAUUUCAAUGUACUGAUCUUGAGAGCACUCAAGCCAUGUAUAGAGAUUCUUUUAAACAAUUUUAUUUUUUUAUUCACUAUACAUUUCUUUGUUUGGCUUCCUUUAUUCUUUCAUUAUUUAUUUGGAUAGUGAUAGCAGGUAAAUAUGUUACAAUUUUAGAGUAGAAUAUGUUUGGAUCUAGCCAUUACUGGUAGAUGUUGUUGAAUACUUUAAAAGAAAACAAAAUUUCUUUUCAUUAUUUAUUAAGACACUUUUUUUUUCCAUUUACAUGUGUAAAUAUGUCUGUAAAUUAUGCAAAUGUUACUUCUGUUGGAAAUAUUUUUUGCUAUUCAUAAAGUGAUAUUUUAUAUUAUACAGAGUCAUAUGAUCUUUCAGCUGACCUGAGAGGGUUCAAGGUUACUUAAUGUUGUGUACCCCACCCUUUUUUUUUUAAACUUUAAUCUGUGAAAUCAUUUUGUUAGUUGAUGUCCUGCGAUGGACAGCUCUAUUAAAAUUUCACUCCAACUAGUUCCAAUAGACAGAGUGUUUUUAUUUCAACCUUAACACAUUUGUAGUUCAACUCCCUCUUUGAGAUUGCUGGAUGUUUUGCUGGAAGGUUGAUUGAACGAAGCUCUUUAUAUCAGGAGAGUCACUGACCUUUUUAAAUCUGAUGACUUCUUUUCAGUUGGAGGAGGGGAUUGUUUGUGUCGGGUGGGGAGAGAGACCUGAGAAACUUUUGUGCUUACCUAAUGUGUUAAUUAGAUUUCUCUCUCUCCCCAACUACUGUUGACAAAUUUUGACAAAGGAUAUAAUCUAAAUUUUUAAAUUUGUUUUUGUAGAAAUGUAGUUUUUUUUUCCCUAUAUAGAUUUUAAAAUGGGAUUACAUUUAUAUUGAUUUCACUUGAAUCAAAAGGACUUGACAGGUGUAACUUUAUCUAAAUCAAAUUCUUUUUUGUUAUAAGUUACAAACAAAAAACGAACAGAAAUAAUAGCCUGAGAUAAAGUGACUUGGUCAUAUUUAACCUAUUGUAAAAAUGUAUGAUUUUAACCAAACACAAACUGUGAAAAAUAAAUGACUUCACAAAUGUAACUUUAUUUCAUGGUUUUUUACUAGUUAGCUUUGUUAUUGAAUGUUUAUUUCUCAAGUUUAUUUGCUUUGUUAAUUAGUUUUGUGUUUAAUUGUCAUUUAUGCUUUUGCUUCUUUAAUUUUGAAGAAAAAAAAACUGAAAGUGUCGAAAUAAAUAGAAUACAUAGACAUUAUAUGCAGCCGUUGGACAAAAACUUCUAAUCAAGAUUUGUAUUGAGAAAAGUAUCUCAAUGUUUAACCUUAGACAAUUUCAUAAUGAAUUUUUUUUUCUGUUACAAUAUAUAUAUAUAUAUAUUGUAUUGUAUAUUGUAUUGUUUAUAGUAUAAGUUUUAAAAGUAUCUACAAGACUUGGUAGUAAACUAAUGUGUAUGCCAAAUACACAAUAUUUUGUGGGAGUAGCCCCAAAUUGUGAUUUUUAAUGUUCAAUUUGGUCUAUCCAUUUUAUAAAUAUUAAUUACAAGCAUGCACAUUUUUUUUUGUGUAAACUAAAUCUAGUCUAAACUGAAACAAUGUUACAAAGAUGAAUUUUGUGUUUCAAUUUCUAAUUUGACUGAAUCUUUAUUUCAAACUAGUUUCUCAUCAAUGGUUUGCAUCAUGUAGUGUAGUAAGCUUUCUUUUCUUUUUUCUUUAAUAGUACAUGAUUUUGUUGUGAUAGGAAAAUAUUCUAGUAAUGAAAUGUAUAAGGCUAAGCUUGACUAUGUAUGCGUUACAUUAUUAUUUUGAUAUUUUCUACAGCAUGUAGAAGUGUCAGUGUCAUCCAAAACAAGUGUAUUUUCUACAAGUUUUAAGUUAGUCAAAGUCCUAGAUGUGACCUAAAUAUAUUGCCACAUUCAAAAUCACACUUAAGACUGCAGUUGUAUUAACAUCUUUAAAGAUAUUCAGCAAUACCUGGGCCUGUUGGCAUUGCAAUUUGCAUGUAAUUUAAUUAAAUUUUUUUUUUUGAGGAGCUUUAGUUAAUCUCUUAAUUGAAAUGAUUUCUUACCAAUCAAAAUGUCUGUGUAACAUAUCCAUAACUGUUUGUUUUGUGUCCAAUUUGUUUUGGAUAUUUUACUUUUGCUUCAUUGUAUUAUAUUGCUAUUCAACCAAAUUCUGAUGGGGAAAGAAAAAUAUUGCUUGGGGUUUGAACCUAAAAUAAAAUGUAUUUCCAUUUUUACAUUAAAAUUUGAACCUAAGGCUGUUCCUCAGAUUAGUUAUAUUUGUGUAUUUCGUUUAUUUGUUAACGUUUUUGAAGCUACACUUUUCACUUGGCUUCUAUGCUAGUGUCAAGUUUGGAAUCUCAUUAAUCUCUCUUUUGAUCUUAGCUUAACAAUUAUAUAUUUUAUAAUCUUUGUAGAUCUAGAUUUAUAUUUUAUUUAUCCAAAUGAUGGAAGACUUCAGUAUAUUUUAUGCUUCAUUUAUCAACAUACGUUUUGUUUGUUUUGAUUGCAACCAUGUCAUCAAAAUGACAUUUUGUCUUGAGCACAGACUUGGCUUGAAGCUAAACUGUUGGUUCUUGCCAUGGAACCUUUCAAUCCAGGCAACCAGCUUCAAGGCCACAACAUAUUUUGUUCAUCCAUCAAGUAUUUCUACUUCUCAGUCUGGCUAGUGCUGAUGUUAUGUAGGCAAUAAGAAAUCAGAAAUGGAGGAUUUGGACUUUUUUUUUUUUUUUAAACUCUGGUCUUGUUGCCAUUGUAUAAUCUGAAAGUUUUCUUUUUAUGUUCUCUUUAACAACAUGAUGUUAGGUCUAUUUGUGAUGUCAGGAUAAAUACAGACCAUCUGGAACAAAUGGAAGACGGGGAAGGGGGGUUUAGGGGAGUGUAGCUCCGUUGACUCCAGUCUAUAGAGUAUUAGAAAAGAAGGCUUUAUUCUAGCACUGCCCCCAGACAUUCCUGUAUUGAUUUGACUUAGAUGUGUAACAUUUGGUCCAGAACAAG